AACUGCGCGCAGGGUAUGUAAGCCUGGGCUCAGGACUGCGCUGACAUUCCCGUGUGGCUUGCGUGUGCCUUGGAGGAUGCUUGGAAUAAGUUUGUGUUGGCGUGGAGGGCAAACCUGAAACUCGUGGAAGAGGCUUCGUUCUAGCCUGCAGGGGGCAGUGGCAUGUAUGGGGAUGUCCAUGUGUGACAUUAAAGGGGUGACAGUUCAGGAAAAAUUCCGGCGUGGCUGCACAGUGACAGCUGAGAAAUAACAGUUCUGGUAUACUCAUUUCAGAUACACGCUGCUUAAGAUUUCCAAGUUUCUUAUAUGUGGUACUGGCCUUAUACUGGUACUUUCAGUACUAUUUUAUACUUGAACCAUUUUCUGGCUGUUCUUUCUGUGAUCCUGCUUCUGUAGACAGCCUUCCCUUAGACUGUAACCCUGGGUUUAGGAGCCAUUGCUUUCCUUUCAGGUGUUCUGAACUGUUGGCAAAGGAAAGCAAGUACAGUGGGAUUUGUAGAGUAGCAAUUUUCCAUCUUAUAUUUACAGAGUAAGAGGCAUUGAACAGAUUAUUUUGGCUUUCAUGUGAAAUACUCGUUGUGAAUACUUGCAUGGUUUUUACCCCAUAAGAACUCUUUCUUCAUGUUCCUAAAUUAUCAAAGCACUUUGUCUUUGCAUUAUGUCCUUUCUUUUCCCCAGUCAAAACAAAGAACGUAUGAUGCAAGCUCCAUCUUCAGUGCAAAGAGACACUGUCCUUGCGUAAUGUUUUACCUGAAAAAUAAGAAAAAAUAAUGUCAACACCUGUGCUUGCACAAGGCAAUUCCACGGAACUGUUGCUGUAUAGAAGCUAUUCAUGUUUUUCUUCUUGUUGGCUCGUAGUCCGCUUAAAACAAUAGGGGAUUGUGCUGUCUCUUGGCAGUUAAAUCAUUCUAAGCUUCCAUUUCUCUUGUGAUUGGUCGUUUUCUGUCUUUUGAAAGCAAGCUGCUCGCAUAGAGAGGUUUAAAUGUCUAGAGAGAUUAUUGACCCGCCACCUACAAAUUUUCAGAGCUGUUGACAAAAUUGUAAAGCUUUCGAGUUCUCCCAGGGAGAUGUCCAUGUAUUUAAUUGAAGCUACACUGUCUCUUUCUGUAGAUAGGCUUUUUGCUAAACACUUUCUUUUCUAGUAUGUGCUAACAAGUGCUGUGCUGUGUGCAUCAAAUGUGAGUAUCCUCGGAUCACUGAUUUUCUGCAUGUAGGGUGUUUGUUUUGCAUUUCGGUGUAUCCUGUCUGUCUGUUGUUCUUCUGAGGUCUUUUGGCUCUCAGAGAGCGUAACUGUAUUCCAUGCUGGCAGUCACACUCGUGGUAAUAUUGCUAACUUUCUCACUGGAGGCUGGCCAGCAACGGGCAGAGUUUCUGUACAGUGUUUAAGACAAAUCAGUACAAAACGACAUGCAACACCCGUCUCCGGUUUUCACUCGUCUUUACUGCCCGGUAAAACUAAAAAGAAACUUUAUUUUCUCUCACUUUGCACAUUUCUGCUGUUUUUAAUGUGUGAGAAAUCUUUGGAUACAUAGGGUUGCUUUGAUUGUUGUGGAUUUUUAAUUAUUAAAAGGGGCUGAGCAGGCUAGUGUAGGCUAUAUGACGUUUCUAGGGACAAUGCAAAAGCCACGGCUUUUUAAAGGCAAGAAGUUUGUUACUUAAUCACGUUAUGAGCACAGUUAAAAUUGAAAGUAUAACCGUGCUAUAUUUAUUCGUGUUCUGCCAUGAUAGCCGAAUGCUGUAACGCACACCAAAAUGUUAAGCUUGAAAUAAUUUUUCUUAUUUGCAUGUGGAGUUGACUGACUGUUAACACUAAAUCCAAGUGUUUCUGUUGUAGUUAACUUUUCGUGUGCUUUAUACAAAUGUGCUGUAUGAGUACGAUGUGGUUUAGAUUUAUAGCAGUGCCGAGUGUGUUUGCUGCCUUAGUCAGCUGUGAGAGCUCUCCCGCUGGGGCCGCUCCUCUCUGAUGGAAAAGGAGCAGCUGUGAAGGUGCUGUUUCAGGCUCUUGCUGGCAUUAAAAAACAAAAAAACAAAAAACAAAACCCCCCACUAGCUUAGAUUGGAGAGGGGGAACCAGGCCACGUGACUCCCACCAUCCUACCCUAUGUCACAGUGUGUAGGAGCGCUGAUUGCUCUUACCCAAUCAUGCCUGGAAUGCUGCUUGCCACUUGGGCUAUUUCUGCUAUCUGUCGCUAUCAGUGCUGCAGUGCUAACAGUUUGGCAGAUGGGACACUUUUUCUUGGAGUUUAUGUCUUUGGUUUUUAACUUCUGGCAGUGCCUGAAUUGUUGCUGUUCUCCCUCUCCUUUUCUUCUUUCUGUAAAACCAUGGCCCAUCGGCUGCGGUUUCAUUUUGGCUCUGGGCGAAGCAACACAGCCCCCGAAUCGGAGGUCCUCGACCGGGAAAGAGAAGAUGACUUUUUCAUGGCAUUCCACACUUUGCCAAGAAGAAACAGUCCUCAUGCUUUCUCCCGACACGGAGCAGAUUAUGGUGGGGGCAGCGAUUUUCAAGAAGUGGGCUCCUUAAAAAGGAGUACAUCCAUGUUUAUUCCCCAGCUGCUGAACAGUAUUGACGUGCGGCCGACAAGAAGCUCGUCGAUGCAGAUUUCUCUUCAGCGCAAAGCUGCGAGCGACUGUGCGGAUGAGAGUGCAACCCUGGAAUCUCCCGAGGAGACACUUCCUUGUAAGUUCCCAGACUUUAGGGAGCAUUAUGCAUCCCCCGUGGAAAACCAUUCUUCCUCUCUGAGCAGUCCAGAGGUGACUCCUGAAAAUUCUCCACCUAGGCUGACGGAAGAGUUAGGGCGACAGCUCAAUGGAACUCUUUGCUGUAAUCGGAGAAUAUUCUGUACUGUUCCCUCCAAUAACCAGAGCGAAGAUGCUCCAUCUACAGCCCAAGAAGAUGCGACAAAUGGAGCAGCUUCAGGUUUAAACAUAAGUGGUGUGAGGAUUCAGCAUCGUGCUUCCAGUGUAGAUGUGCCUCAGGUUACUCUAUUACCCUUUGGAUCUGAGGCUCAAAAUAAUGCCCCCACCCCUGAGCCCCGGCGUUGGUCUUUGCAACAUGUGCCAGAUAUGUCAGCAAAUUCAGGGAAAAAGUUCUUUGUUCUCCAGUUACAGCAACCACAGGCAGGUGGUACCGGUGGCGAGUAUAACUUUGGUUUUACUGGAACAAAAGGGGACAGGUUGGUCCGGUAUCCUCGGAUACGGCUAGAAAGGAGUACCUCCUACCCUGUCCAGCCACGACCGGAAGAAAUUAGCCCCACAGAUGAUGGAUUGAAUUCAGAACUGCAUGGAAAUGGAAGGAACGGGUCAGAAAUAUCUAGAAGCAAUUCAAUAGAGAGGAUUCCUCAAGGGCAGGGAUGUUUGUUUAAAAUCAGACCAGAUCAAAAUACGAGGCAACAGCACUUCAGAAUCCUUGUCACCCGUAAUCCUGAAGAACAAAAUCAGGUUGUUGGUAAAGAUGGUCGUGGCACCCCUGGUCCUACACCAGCCGGCACCACGACUAGAGACGACUUCCUGGGUCAGGUGGAUGUGCCACUUAGUCACCUUCCGACUGAAGACCCAACCAUGGAAAGGCCAUACACGUUUAAGGAUUUCCUUCUCAGACCAAGAAGCCACAAAUCUCGUGUAAAGGGUUUCUUGAGACUGAAGAUGGCUUAUAUGCCUAAAAAUGGUGGUCAAGAUGAAGAAAACAAUGAUCAAAGGGACGAAUCUGAGCAUGGAUGGGAUGUGGUUGAUUCCAAUGACUCCACAUCUCAGCGUCAGGAGGAGUUACCACCUCCUCCACUGCCUCCUGGAUGGGAAGAAAAGGUUGACAACCUGGGGCGGACUUACUAUGUCAACCAUAACAACAGAACUACUCAAUGGCAUCGACCAAGUUUAAUUGAUGUGGGAUCUGAUUCAGAUAACAACAUCAGACAAAUAAACCAAGAAGCAGCCCAUAGACGGUUUCGCUCUCGGAGACACAUUAGUGAGGAUUUGGAACCAGAACCUAUGGAGAGCGGAGACAUUCCUGAGCCUUGGGAAACCAUUUCAGAGGAGGCAAGUGCAAGUGGAGAUUCCUUAAGCUUGUCAUUGCCACCACCUCCUGCAUCGCCGGUAUCCCGUACCAGUCCUCAGGAGCUAUCUGAGGAACUGAGCAGAAGACUUCAGGUCACUCCUGAUUCUAAUGGGGAACAACUGAGUUCUUUGAUUCAAAGAGAUCCUUCUUCAAGAUUAAGAUCUUGCAGCGUAACAGAUACAGUCGCUGAACAGUCUCAAUUAUCUUUGCAGAGUGGCCCAUCUAGGAGAGCUCGUUCUUCAACUGUCACAGGUGGUGAGGAACCAACGCCUUCAGUGGCCUAUGUACAUACUACACCAGGCUUACCUUCAGGCUGGGAGGAAAGAAAGGAUGCAAAGGGCCGUACUUAUUAUGUCAAUCAUAACAAUCGAACCACAACAUGGACACGUCCCAUUAUGCAGCUUGCGGAAGAUGGCAUGGUUGGGUCAGCAGCAAGCAGCAACAACCACUUAAGUGAACCUCAGAUCAGAAGGCCUCGCAGCCUUAGUUCACCCACAGUAACUUUAUCUGCUCCACUUGAGGGUAUGAAGGACUCCCCCGUGCGCAGAGCAGUGAAGGACACCCUUUCCAAUCCACAGUCUCCACAGCCCUCGCCCUACAACUCUCCUAAACCACAACACAAAGUUGCACAAAGCUUCCUUCCUCCUGGCUGGGAGAUGCGAAUAGCGCCCAAUGGCAGGCCCUUCUUCAUUGAUCAUAAUACUAAAACUACUACAUGGGAAGAUCCACGACUGAAAUUUCCAGUGCAUUUGAGAUCAAAAGCUUCUUUGAACCCUAAUGAUUUGGGCCCCCUUCCUCCUGGCUGGGAGGAAAGAAUACAUUUGGACGGAAGAACGUUUUAUAUAGAUCAUAGAAGCCAGGUGUUGAUAUGUGGAGACAUUGAUACCAGAGACUUAGUGCCCUCAUACGAUAACAAAAUUACCCAGUGGGAAGACCCCAGACUGCAGAACCCAGCGAUUACGGGUCCAGCAGUUCCAUAUUCUAGGGAGUUCAAACAGAAAUACGACUACUUCCGGAAGAAGUUAAAGAAACCCGCCGAUAUACCAAAUAGAUUUGAGAUGAAGCUACACAGAAAUAAUAUUUUUGAGGAGUCCUACAGAAGAAUCAUGUCUGUGAAGAGACCUGAUGUACUAAAAGCCAGGCUCUGGAUUGAAUUUGAGUCAGAAAAAGGACUUGACUAUGGAGGUGUGGCCAGAGAGUGGUUUUUCCUCUUGUCCAAGGAGAUGUUCAACCCUUAUUAUGGUCUUUUUGAAUAUUCAGCAACGGACAACUAUACACUUCAGAUUAAUCCUAAUUCAGGUCUUUGUAAUGAAGAUCAUCUUUCGUAUUUUACAUUUAUUGGACGGGUUGCUGGUCUGGCAGUAUAUCAUGGGAAGCUAUUAGAUGGCUUCUUCAUCAGACCUUUUUACAAGAUGAUGUUGGGGAAACCAAUAACUCUAAAAGACAUGGAAUCAGUGGAUAGUGAAUACUACAACUCUUUGAAGUGGAUCCUGGAAAAUGACCCUACAGAGCUGGAUCUCAUGUUUUGCAUAGAUGAGGAAAACUUCGGACAGACAUAUCAAGUUGACCUGAAGCCAAAUGGGUCAGAAAUCAUGGUAACAAAUGAAAACAAAAGGGAAUACAUUGAUCUGGUCAUCCAGUGGCGGUUUGUCAACAGAGUUCAAAAACAAAUGAAUGCUUUUUUGGAGGGAUUCACAGAACUUCUUCCAAUUGACCUGAUUAAAAUUUUUGAUGAAAAUGAACUAGAGUUACUGAUGUGUGGCCUUGGCGAUGUUGAUGUUAAUGACUGGAGACAACACACAAUCUACAAAAAUGGUUACUGCCCAAAUCAUCCUGUUAUCCAGUGGUUCUGGAAGGCUGUUUUACUGAUGGAUGCUGAAAAACGGAUUCGAUUACUGCAAUUUGUUACUGGGACGUCACGCGUGCCUAUGAAUGGAUUUGCUGAACUUUAUGGUUCAAAUGGUCCUCAGCUGUUUACAAUAGAGCAAUGGGGAACUCCUGAUAAACUGCCCAGAGCUCACACAUGCUUUAAUCGCCUUGACUUACCUCUUUAUGAAUCGUUUGAAGAUUUGCGAGAGAAGCUACUUAUGGCAGUUGAAAACGCUCAAGGAUUUGAAGGAGUAGAUUAAAACAAAUACUUUUUCCCCCCAUUCAAGCAAGUUCUGCUGCACUUUUGCGUUUGCCUAACGGACUCUGAGUGACUAUGGCAGAACAGUUGCACAACGUUGGUUCAUGGAGCAAACCCUUCAACAGUGCAGUUGCCUAAAUUCAGAAUUUUGAACUAUAACCUGUGGAUGGCUUUUUUGAUGUUUCCACAGCAGAUUACCAACUGGUUAACUUGUACUCUGAUUACAUUUCAGCAGGACUUACUCUAUUUAUGUUGUGCCUCUGUAGGCAAAGCCCUUAAUAAAUAUUUUACAUAAUUUCUAAUGACAAUGAAUGGAAUUAAUCAUUUUACAGGUAUAGUAUUACAACUCAUGUUUACUUUUUAAUUCAUUUAGACAUUUUCAGAUUAUAUUUCAUUACAAUUAAAUAUCAUGUACUUGGAAAAAAAAUGAGCAUUUUUCUUAAUUUCUUACAAGACGAUGCCAGUGUCCUUUUUUCAAAGCACAUGUGCACAUGGUGAGCCUUGUUCCCAAACCAUUAAGAAAAUAGGAGAAAGCUAUGUUGGGAAUUUUCUCUAUAUUGGCUACAUCAAGAGUAACUCUUUUCAUUGAGCAUAUAAAUAUUUUUCCAUAUCCAGAAAACGUAUGGAUUCAAUGUUGCAUUUUUGUAUAAAUAAUAGAAUAGUUAUGAGUCAAGAGAGAAUCAUAACAUAGCAUGCCAAAUCUCAUGUUCAAUAAAAAAAAUUGCCUCAUUAUUCCUUGGUAAUAUUUACAUGUACUAUAAAACAUUUUGGGGUAGGGUUGGCAUUAAUAAUUUUAGGAAAAUAUGCUUAACCCUGUCAUUAUCUUUGUAUAGUGAUUCUUUUAUCAUUUUUUCCUCUUUACUGUUUGCAAUGGAGGCAUUUUGAAAGGAACCUGGCACUAUGUGAUUUGGCACUACGGAAAACAGAUCUGUUUUGUCUCCUAUUUGUAAGCAUUUGCUAAUGGUAUCUAAAUAACAAUUUUUUUUGUUUGUUUCUAACUGCACCAACUCUAAAGGCACUUUAUGUAACACAUGGAAGUCAUAUCUGUUUUUUAUCAUAAACAUUAAUGUGAUUAUAUUCCUUCUCACUGCACAUGUCUUUCUGGUGCAAUAUCUAUCAAUUGUGAAUCUGGCUGCUGCUGAUGUAUAAAAGAAAAAAACAGAUAUAGAGCUGAGCCUGCAGACAUGUUCCUCAGCAAUUGUUUUUGUGAUUUAUUUUUUACUUAAUCACAAAGAUUUAUUUAAUAUACACUAUCUAUCUAAUCAGUUUUGUUACCUAUGACAUGUUGCAUGCUUAAACUAUAAUGUCUGAGUUGCAUCUCUUGUGUGAUGGAUUAAAAGUGAAAGAUUUGUAUUUGAUCCACUGUAGUUAAAUGGUUACAGUAUUACUACAGUAGGUUUGAAGGGAUGGCUUCAGCAAUUUGAUGAUCUUCAGUUUUCUAAGUUUAGUCCGCAUACUUACUAUGCGUAGGAUUUUUCCCCAAGAGCCCAUCUAAUGCUUUAUGAGACAAGAUGACACCACAUGCAAAAAACAAAACUUCACCUUGUUGCCAACAGUGGUGGCCUUACCUGCUUCACGGCUCCCACUGGCAAGUACAGUCCACUGCUGACAAUAAGCAGCCACAGUCCAGAAACUUCAGCAUGUUAAUACUUUGGCUAAAAACGCUACUGGAAAGAAGACAACAGUAAUUAACAUUCAGCAAAUCUGCACAUACUAGCAAAAAUUUUGAAAAGCUAAUAGAUGCGUGAUUUUUUAUUAUUAUUUGAACACAAGAUUUAUUUUUUAUUAAAUGUUUUCUGACAUUCCUUUCUGACUUGUUACAUUUUAAUGAGCAGAAAACUUUGAAAGAGACAGAAACGUACUGCAUCUGAGUAGACAGAGAAACACUAUACUGAUCAUUUACUGUGGGGAAGAUGGAGAGAAUGAGGUAAAUCCAGAUAUUUCCAAUGAUCUUCUAUACGCAAAGCACUACUAGUUAUAACACAGAUGCCCUUAAGGGAAAUGUCACACUCCAAAAUCAUUUUUCUUUCUCUGUGUUUACCUGGAGGAUUUUGUGUGGUUGGAGGUUAUGUUCACACCCAACACCAUGUAUCAGAACCUUAAGCACUCUCCUGAGAUUUUUUUUUUUUUUUUAUAGUGGAACUGAAAUAGAAUUGGUUGUUUCAGAAUCUGCUAUUCCUGUUGUGAGCUUGCUCUGGUCCGUCCCUCUCUCCCCCCCCCCCCCAUCUUCUACAAGAGGUUUUUCUAAUACUUAAAGUCCUUCCAGACAAUAGAGUUACCUUGAGUUACAUGGUGACAUCAGACUAGAAAGGAAUUUGUUUGUUGGGUUACUUUUUUUCUUUCUUUUUAUAACUGAAAUGUUAGGAUGACUUCGCUUAACAUCUUUUGGCUGCACUCCUUCUCACAGAAUGGGCCUUUUUGAGAGAGGCCCAAUAUGCAGUGCCCUGAUAUACUUGUACUGCUCAUGCUGAAGUUUGUGCUAUUUUGGCUUUCUUGUAAUUAAUGCAAGUAGCUAAAUAAAUGCUGUCUGUGCCUCUCAUGUUCUACACACUGCAGUCACAGCUCCCCCCUGCAUUGCAAACCUACCCUCGGUGCAGAGCCAGUGCAGUACCAGGCACACCUAUCUAAGUUAACUUUUGUUUGGGGACCAGUUUGCUCAUGGAAGUAUUACUCCUACCAGUCCAGGUGAACGUAACAGUAAGCCAGCUCAUUACUUUUGGGUGUCCAGGUUAGCUGUGCUAUUACCACACACCACCAUGUUUUGCCUGUACAGAAGCAGCUUUUAAAUAAUACAGCUUCUGUCACUGUAGUAGCCCUGUCCUUUUCUUGUUGGGGUGCAGGAGUAAUCCAGAUUUGGCAUUCACUAAUAAGCAUAACUACUUGUUAGAAAAACUGAAGGGAAUUGCUCAGCCCAGUCCCUUGCUGCAUAAAGCUUUUGUGUUGGAUAUCAGAAGCCUCCCUGUUAGCUACAGCAACUGCUGUUAUUGCCAGGUUAUAAGAAUGCCACUCUUGACUUCGCCUGGUUUUCAUGUAUCAGGGAAGUUACAGAGAUGUAACCCCUACUGAAACGUAUUAUAGCCAUGCAACUCAGAUUUUGUGAUCAAUGGCUAUCUUGGUGGCUAACCCAAAGGGCAGAUAUGCCCUUCGCAUCAGUCAGAAAGCUAAGAUCUUCUAUACUAGGACAAAACCCAGGAAAUUCUCUCUAGUUUUGCAACAGCUGCAGAAGAAAUUGCCCCCAACUCUUUAACAUAAGGACUUACCGCUCUUCCUGAGGUCCUGAGCAGGAUUUGAGCUUUUAUCUUCUGACACUCUAGCCACCGAGCAAUCCUUCUGGAGCUCCUGAAGUAGCAUUUGAAGGAAUCUUUCUGGGGAAAAGGUAGCGAAAUGUCAGUUGAUUACAAUUUGAAGUAAAGCACAUCUAAAACACAAAGCAACUACCGUAGUUUCGUGCCUUUCUUAACACAGUAUACAGUUUAGCCCCAAACCAAUUUGGUCACUAUCUAUAGUAUAGGGUCUGUAGCUGUCACCUCCUCUUCACAUCAAGGCUUAUAGGUUUGAGCCUUGUAAGGCUGUACUUAACAUACACUGUACUAUCACAGUAACUCCAGCUUCCAGGCCUCACUGCUGGAAGUUGCUUUUUGUUUUUCUCUAAGAUAAAAGCUCCCGCUCCCACAAGUUUCAUCUCAUUUCCAUCUCUCUCACUCAGACCUCUUGCUGGUUUCCGAGUGUAAGGCGCACGUGGCACACUAGCCUCAAGCGCGUGCCGGUAAAUGCUGCCACAAGCACUAGCCCCGUGCUGCGGCCCCAGAAGGGCAGCACCCACCAUGUGUGCCCAGCCCCUUCAGGUGCUUGGCUGGAGCACUGCACGUGCCACCAGUGGGCCAGGAAUUGGGAAAGCUAGCAAGGGAAAGUUGGAUAGCUGGAUUGCGUUUUUCAGCAUUAAAAGAAGUCAUCAUACCCAUCUGAGUGCAAGGGCUAAUCAUCAAUAUGUGUAGUAGAAAAGAGGUAGACUACCACAUUGGACAUCUUAAAUGAACGUUAAUUUCCUUCUUUUGUAUAAAAAAGUUUUUCCUUUUGUAUCUAAAACUACAACAACAAAGAAAAAAGCCUGCAGUCUUCAGGCCUCUCUUAUGAUGUUGCACUAAGAAGUAAUGCAUAGUUACAAUGCACGGGAAACUUACAAAACUGGAAUCUAACCAUAUUAAUGUCACAUACCCAUCAGGUCCGUCGUACUGCACAUAAAACCUCCUUAGAUAAAUAACACUGUCAUCAAUGCAAGCCAUAGUCAGUCAUACGUCUGUGUAUGCACACACCUCUCACAUUCUGUUCGUCCACAGGAGCUGCCACUUACAUGUUGUUGGUUCCCCCUUUUCCAUACAAUUUUCACAUACUUUGCUCUUUUUUCUUAACAAUUUUGUAUGUAUGUAUGUAAAAAUAUACACAGUACGUACCCACAUACAUAUGCGUACAUAUGCAUUGCGUUUUUGUACUUUAAUCUGCUCUGUUGAAUUGAAAGCAACUCAUGAGCACCCUAUCCACUACAGCGGUACCACAACCACGCAGCAGUGGAUGGGUUAUGAUUCUCAAAACCCAAACGCAAAACUCCAGAAAAUGAUGUUGCUACGUUCUACGUCUGUGAACAUAAAUUAUCUCAGUUUUAAGUUUAAAAUUUAGAUCUCCAAACAUGCAGAAAGUGUCAAACAUUCCAGAUUAAAUUCACACUGUUUAAUAUUUUUGUAAGAAUUGCCUCAUACUAGAAGGCUAUUCAAAAUAACACCAGACUACAUAAAAUUGAUUUUAAAAUGCUACUUAUAAAUAAUGCUCAUUUUCAGAAUUAAUACAGCUUUAAACUGUGGUUGGAUUUGAUACACUGUGGAGAAAGGUUUUGUUUAAGGACAAAAAAAAAAGAAAAACAUUUUUUCCAUUUAUCUUCUGAAAAGAAAUGAACGAAAUUGUAGUUUGUUUUUCCUGACAGCAGAAGCUCAAUGUGACAAAAUGAAGUUGUUGUAAUGAAAUGAUGCAACUUAAUUAAAUAUUUAAUAAAGAACUAUGGAAGUUACAA